AUGAAGUUCUCUACCACUCUUAUUGCUCUCGUUGCUGCCGGUCUGGCCAACGCUCAGCUUCCUGACGUUCCCUCCUGCUCGCUUAACUGCUUUGUCUCUGCUCUGACCUCUGAUGGCUGCUCGGCCCUGACCGACUUCGCCUGCCACUGUCAGAAGCCCGCCCUGGUCUCGGACAUCACUCCCUGCGUCCAGAAGGCCUGCGACGUCGCGGAUCAGAUCUCCGUCUCCAACGCCGUCGUCGCCCAGUGCUCUUCCGCCGGCCACCCCAUCGUGGUUCCCCCGAUUGAGACCACCACCUCCGGCGCCAGCUCUUCCACUUCCAGCAGCAGCGCUCCCUCCAGCGCCACCGCCACCGAGACCAGCAGCGGCAGCUCCAGCUCCAGCACCGGCGAGUCUUCCUCCGCCUCCGCCUCCGCCUCCGCUACUGGCUCCUCGUCCGGCGGUGCCACCGUGACUGCCACCAGCUCCGUCCCUGCUGGAUCUUCCACCGCUGGUUCCGGCUCCGGCUCCACCCCGGCUGGUACCUCGACCCCUCUGGGCACCAAGACCGGCUCCGGCUCUGCCGCCACCACCUCGCCUGCCUUCAACGCCGCUGUCGGCAUCAAGGGUAACAUGGCCGGUGUUGCUGCUAUUGCCGCUGCCGCUGCCUAUGUUCUGUAA